CGGAAACUCUUCACAAUCACCGGAAGAAGAAGAAGAAGACGAAGAAGAAGAAGUAGUGUGUUGUUUUGAUGGCUGCUUCCCAACUGUCUUAUUAGAUAUAUAGCUAGCUAGGUUAGCUAUAGUGUUGAGCAGUUUUUCUGCUCUUGAAUUCUUCGAAAACAUGGCAUUGAGCGAAGCGCUUGUUCGAGCCAAGAUUCCCCAGGAUCUGGUGAAGGAUCUGGGUGUGGAGUCUCUGAAUAGGACUGAAGCCCAGUCCUUCACCCAGGCCUUCCUGAAGAACAGCAUUUGGCAGCACUCGCACCGUGAGAUACAGAACAUGUUGAAGCACAAGGCGGUGAUCCUGGGCUACUCCAGGCCCAAGAAGGACAAGAGGAGCAGCAAGAAAGCCAAGGGGCUGAACGCUCGGCAGAAGAGGGAAAUGAAGAUCUUCCAGAUCAAGCCCGAGCACCAGAGAUAUGAGCUUUUCCUGCCUCUGCAUGAACUCUGGAGACAGUACGUCAUUGACCUGUGCGGUGGUUUAAAACCAACAAGCAGUCCACAGUUAGUGCAACAGAAGCUUCUGAAGGCAGACUUUCAUGGUGCCAUCAUCACAGUGGUCCGAUCGAAGUGCCCAUCAUAUGUAGGAACCACAGGGAUUCUGGUCCAGGAGUUCAAACACAUCUUCAAAAUCAUCACCAAAGAAAACAAACUGAAAGUGAUCCCUAAGAGGAACAGCGUGUUUGAGGUGGAGAUCAAUGGCUUCGUCUCCCACAUCUACGGGAGCAAGUUUGAGCAGCGAGCCAGUGAACGCUCCGCCAAGAAGUUUAAAGUGAGAGGAACCAUCGACUUGUGAUGCGUCACCACAGGAAGCUGUGUGCCUCAAUGAAAGAGACAUCCCUUUAAAGAACUGCCACAAUAAUGACCUACUUGUAGCAGAUGCAUUGUGGUUAUUUAUUGUCUAUGGCAGUGGUCCCUAAAUUGGGUUCCGGGGGAGGCCCAGGAGGUCCCCAGCAAAAAGGCAAAAACAUUUUUGUACUUUUUUUUUCAUACCACAAACUGUAAGACCACAUCUUAAAGAUCAUUUUACAGCUUUAAGUUCAGUUUUCACCUUGCUGUAUAUUGACAACUUUGAAAAAUAGGUAUCAAAAGAUGAUCAAAUGUGUAUCCUUAAUACAGAUGUUGACUACUUAAUCUGCCACACCUUAUUUUUCAUGAGCUAUUUGAUCCGAAUACUAAUGGUCCUGGUCGAAAAGAUUAAGGUAAUAACCUGAAUUUCCUGAUAUGAUGUGAAUGAAAGAUGAACUGGAGAACGUGGCCCCUGAAACUGCAGAGAGAAGACGUGUCACUCGGUUGGAGUUCUGGGAACUACAGAAACACUACGGAAUUUAUUUCUGGUUCUUGGUUGUAUUUGUUAAUCUAAUCUUUGAUCAGAUGUAUGGGAUUUAAAGACAUGCUUUUUUAAAUUUUAAAUUGUAUUUUUGUCAGGCUGCAUGGCUGCUUUGAGACAAAAGGGAAUGUUUUUUUUAUAGUAAAAAAAAAAAAAAGUAUCAACCCUAACCCAGCAAUACCUAAUCAGACCAACAGACCAGUAAUACGUCUUAGUCAGAGGUUUGCA